AAUAGAUGGCCUAAAAACCAUCACAAUAACAGAUCGAGAAGGCGUCACAUUACUAAAAGCCACACCAGAAGGUGGACCACUAGGAACAGGUUUCGAAACACAACCAGCACUAUUAUCGACAACUUUUGCGGUAGUAAGCGACCAAGCGUCCAAACUUGGACUCAAGAAGAAUAAAUCGAUAGUAAGCGUGUUUGGGAGUCACCAGGUGGUGCAAUUUAAUCAUGCGCCUUUUGUUACAACAUUGGUUGCGGAUGUUGAUGCGAAUACGGGUAUCUUGCUAGAUCUCAAUAAUGAAUUAAAAGAUGUGACUGAUGUGAUCGCUACAGCACUACAGGAACGGCAAAAUUUCACAACACCAUAA